AUGCAACACACACAUACAGCAGCAGUUGACCGUUUUAAAUGUUUAUGGACAUCUAAUAAGCAUCAAGUCAGGAAACGCUGGCACGAUGGAUUUCUUAAUUUUCAUCGAUUUAAUUUUAGAGCAAUGCUUUAUGAUAAAGAAAAUACACUGGUUGAUGAUUUGUUUAUGCCUAAACAAUCUGUUGUUUCAGGCAACCAAAUAGAAUUUGAUCACCAUUUGGUUUCUGUUGAAGAUGCAUUAGGAACCACUUAUACAGAUAUUUCAUCACUAUAUACACGUAAUCAUAAUAUUGCUGGAACGAAAGAAAAUAUUAAAAUGCCACAAAAAUUGCCAUGUUCACGCAAAUCACUAAAACAACAGCAACUGAGACAAUCAUUACCAAAACGAUCAACAUUUUCUACUACAAAAUCUAGAAAAACCAAUACAUUUAUUAGUACAACUGAUAUAGAAAAUAACACAGAUAUUCCAGUAAAAAUAAAAGCAACAACUCGAAAGCACCAUUCAACGCAAACCAUUACUAAGAAAAAAGCAAAAGACCCAAUCGUUGAAACUAUCGAUAUAAAAAAAUCACCUUUAGAACAGAGCGUUAAGCAAAAAGACAUAAGUACAAAAGACAUAAACGAAAUAUUUAUAUCAGAUGAUGAAGCGUAUGAUUUAUUUUCUCAGUAA